AAUUAUAAAAAAAAAAUACAAAAUGUCGGUAAAGUGGACAUUCAAUCUACUGCUAGUAGUGUUCUCUAUAUUUGUGGAUUUACAAUUGACAGCUGCAGUGCGUGUAGCAGGGCAACAGCCUCAACGUUUAAAAGAUAAACUAAGCGAUCAAACGCCAGCCAGUUCAUUUUGGCAAUCUCAUGUAGUCACACCCUCCUCCAGUACACCCUUUGAAUCACCCUUCUUUUCGGCCACUCAUGGCAUUGUACAAACACAUCCCUCCCUCAAUGGCAAUAUACCAAGACCGGUGCCUUUGAAUGGCAAUAGUUUGGGUCCUGGAAGUAAACCCACUUUAACAGCUGGCAGUGGAUAUUUGAAUUCUCGCGGUAAUUUCCCUUCCUCGGCUCGUUAUCCCAAUGUGCCAACACCCUCGAUUGCGGGUACUGUGGUGAAUCCCAAUCCCAAGUCACCAUUUAGACAUUUAGAUUUCUCAACCAGUGCCACGGCAGAAUUGAGACGUAAUCCAGCGCUAUCGGCUCCGGAUGAGUGUGCCAGAGCUUGUCGUGAGGGCGAACCACCAAGAAUCUGUUACUAUCAUUUCACUUUGGAAUAUUAUACCGUUUUGGGAGCAGCUUGUCAAGUUUGCACACCCAAUGCCACCAACACAGUAUGGUCUCAUUGUCAAUGCGUUUUAGCCGAUGGUGUUGAGCGUGGUAUUUUAACAGCCAAUCGUAUGAUACCCGGUCCUAGUAUACAAGUGUGUGAAAAUGAUAAGGUUGUCAUCGAUGUGGAGAAUCAUAUGGAGGGCAUGGAAGUCACCAUCCAUUGGCAUGGUAUCUGGCAACGUGGCUCACAAUAUUACGAUGGUGUACCAUUUGUUACACAAUGUCCCAUUCAGCAAGGCAAUACAUUCCGUUAUCAAUGGACCGGUAAUGCUGGCACCCACUUCUGGCAUGCCCACACAGGUUUACAAAAAUUAGAUGGUCUCUAUGGCAGUAUUGUUGUAAGACAGCCACCUUCCCGUGAUCCCAACUCUCAUCUGUAUGACUUUGAUUUGACAACCCACAUUAUGUUGAUCAGUGAUUGGUUGCACGAAGAUGCUGCCGAACGUUAUCCCGGUCGUUUGGCUGUCAAUACCGGUCAAGAUCCCGAGUCUUUGUUGAUCAACGGUAAGGGUCAAUUCCGUGAUCCCAAUACUGGCUUCAUGACAAAUACCCCCUUGGAAAUAUUCACCAUAACACCUGGUCGCCGUUAUCGUUUCCGUAUGAUCAAUGCUUUUGCUUCGGUAUGCCCGGCACAAGUAACAAUUGAAGGUCAUGGCUUGACAGUGAUUUCUACAGAUGGCGAACCCGUACAUCCGGUUGACGUGAACACGAUUAUAUCGUUCUCUGGUGAACGUUAUGAUUUUAUUAUAACAGCCGAUCAACCUGCUGGUGCAUAUUGGAUACAAUUGAGAGGUCUGGGCGAAUGCGGUAUAAGACGUGCACAACAAUUGGCCAUAUUGCGUUAUGCUCGCGGACCCUAUCAGCCAGCAUCAGCGCCACCAACUUAUGAUGUUGGUAUACCUCAGGGUGUGGUUAUGAAUCCUUUGGAUGCCCAAUGUAAUCGUCAGCGUAAUGAUGCCAUUUGUGUCAGUCAAUUGAAGAGUGCUUUGGAAAUUGAUCGCGGUAUCUUGGCGGAAAAACCCGAUGUUAAGAUCUUCUUGCCCUUCCGUUUCUAUUUGUACAGACCCGAAGAGUUGUUCCAGCCUAAUACCUAUAAUAGAUUUUUGGUGGCUCCCACUGGUGAUCAUGUCAUUUCAUUGAUCGAUGAAAUUUCUUAUCUUUCGGCACCUGCUCCUUUGACUUCACAGUUUAAUGAUAUUAAUCCCGAACAGUUUUGUAAUGGUGAUAAUAGACCUGCUGAUUGUGGUCCUAAUUGUAUGUGUACCCAUAAAAUCGAUAUUCCAUUGAAUGCUGUUGUUGAAGUUGUUCUCGUAGAUGAAGUCCAACAACCCAAUUUGUCACAUCCCUUCCAUUUGCACGGUUACGGUUUCAGUGUAGUGGGUAUUGGCCGUUCGCCCGAUACUAAUGUCAAGAAGAUUAACUUGAAACAUGCCUUGGAUUUGGAUAGACGUGGUCUCUUGCACAGACAAUACAACUUGCCACCCACCAAAGAUACCAUUGCGGUGCCAAAUAAUGGUUAUGUGGUCCUGAGAUUUAGAGCUGAUAAUCCCGGUUUCUGGCUAUUCCAUUGUCAUUUCUUGUUCCAUAUUGUAAUUGGUAUGAAUUUGAUUUUGCAAGUGGGUACAAAUGCCGAUUUGCCACCAGUGCCACCAGGUUUCCCUACAUGUGGUGAUCACACGCCCCCUAUACCAAUUAAUUAAAUACAAUAUUAAACUAAUUACUACCAAUUAAACAAAAAAAAAA